UGACAUAUUUAUUACAAAUGUGUUUUUUACAAUCUUACAUUGAAAAUGUAAUUGCACAUUAGUAGACAAUUGCAUUUAGCUUUCACAUGGGUUAAACAUAUACAAUGUGUUUGUGUGUGUGAGAGAGAGGGUCUGUCCAACAACAUGGGAAUAUGGUUUAUGUAGUUGCAGUCAGUAUUCAAAACAUUGUUCAGCGAUAUGAGGAGUAACCCUCCCUGCCUCUGGUUUUAUGCCCCAGUGAGGGUUGUCACAGAGCCCCAUUGCAAAGGCAUGUGGAGCUGGAGAUGAGAAAGACAGCUGGUUGCCUCCGGCUACCGUUAUGUAGUGAUAACAACAUCUCUCUUACAGAUGCAGGAGGCAAACUGGAGCACGGUGACAUCGAGGACAUUGACAAGAAGCUGUGCAUCAUUUGCCCCAAGCACAAGUACAAGAUCACACUGGCAGAGGGAGAGGGCCUUUUCAGGGCCCCUGUCCCCAACCAGGAGGUCCGGACCUUCAAGUGGUACUCCAAGGGCAUCAAGCAGAGGGUCCACAAAGUGUCCGAGGACGGCGGGGACGUCUUUGUGACCCUGUCCGACACCACGUGCUUCAUCGAGUCUGACUACUACUACACAGAGCAGGGCAGGAAGGUUAGGAAUAAGGUGGAUGACAACAGGGGAAUAGACAGCGGAGAAGAUGAGGAUGACAGCUGAUGCACAGGAGAGCGACCUCUCCAGACAGAUCACCUUUCACCCAUGCAAGAGAACUUUUCUGGCCUCUAGAACUCCAUAGUUCCUACAUAAAGCAUCAAGUGCAGAGGUACUUGGGACUGCAAACAGGAGUUGGAUAUAGGUCAGGUCUAUUUCUUUUCAGGUUUACUUAAUUAUGCUAUAAUUAC